CAAGCAUAUGGCACCAAAUCUUCCAAUUCUUCUAUAAUCUUACCGGCUCGAAAAUUUCCAGGCAUUCAAUUACCUUCUAGGAAUGUAACUCCUUUACAGCAAAUAAGAAUAUCUUCGAAAAUAAUAACUACUGAACAAGCGGCAAAAAUAAUAUCAUGGAUUGAUGGAGAGACAUCCUUCGGUAUUUCAGAAUAUUCCUAUGAAUUCAAUUUAAUUCUAGCAUCUGACAACAAUAGUUUUUUCGAUUCCUUUUGGGAUUUAUGUGUCAAUAAAGUAGACUUAAUAUUAAUAGUGAAAACUUUUGAAACGGGCGAGAUUCUAGGUGGAUACAAUCCUGUUGGUUAUAUUAAGCCAGCAUCAUCAGGUUAUACAAAAAUAAAAGCAAAAAAUAGUUUUAUUUUCUCAUUAGAAGAUGGGAGAAGCAUAAAUAAAUCAGUUAUUAGUAGAGCUAAAAAUGAAAAUGAAGCAGUAAUCAUAAUUUCUAGGAAGAAUUUUGGUUUUGGCUCCAGUGAUUUUCGUAUAUGUAGAGGUGUGUUUGGUGGUG